AUUUCAGUAUACGCCUCCGUUUGGGGUGGAUGGUCUGCUUGGUCGUUCUGCAGCAAUGGAGUGAGGAUUCGAGUUCGAGCCUGUAACACUGUGCGAGGCUUCAGUUGUCUUGGACCAAAUCAGGAGCGUCGCAUUAAAUCUGGUCAGAAGGAGUGUGGCCAUGUGAUACAUAAGUCUUUCCGCCGCACGCGCCGUGCCACUGUGCCCUCUGACUACGAUGUCGUCGAUCCAUACGAAGCGGAUCGUCGUGAGGCGAUGAAACAACUCUAUCCGGACGACGCUGCGUCAUCGGAAUCGUCACCCAACAUCAGCACCAGAACCCGCCAGACCCAAUCGCAACAGGAACCAAUCGAACUCGAUCGAGCACUGAAGGAACUUUUGGGUGAAAAACCUACGACGCCAGAAUCAGCAUUGGCUCAUCGAUUGUCUUCUGAGCAGUUACAAUUUCAGCAAGAAGAACUUGACGCGGCAAAGAAGGAAGGCAAUGAGACUCUCACAAGCGUUAGCCAGGAUAUCACGGAUCCUGACUUCUUCCUCGAAGAUUCUAGCGAAGAACCCAUCCGAAUAGAUCUCAACCAAGAAGCGCCACCACCCCCAACCACACCUAUGACUUUUGAGCCAGAGAUCAUCAAGGAACUCCUGGAAGAUGAAGAUCACUUUGACCGAUUUGGCACUCGUCCAGAAGUUGUUCAGCCAAAGCUAAGCAAUACCAUUGACGAUGAUCCUGAACCCGACGUUGUGACGCCUGUCCAGCCGAACCGACAGUCACUAUCAGUUCCAACGACGACCUUCCACCAACCAUAA